AUGCACAUACACAGAGACACUCACAUACACUCACAGACACACCCACAUACACUCACAGACACACCCACAUACACUCACAGACACACCCACAAACACUCACAGACUACAAUUAAGCAGACACAUGCUCACACAGGGGCGUUAACGUAUAUUGCACACACACAGAUGGGUGCGUUAGAAGUACUCCAGACCAUCGCCUCCACAUCGGCUGUCGGUCGUCUGAGUAUGCUGGGCCCAGACAACCGCAACAACCUCUCUGCGUGCGAGCAGUUAAUGCUACAGUCUAGUUCACCCGCUGCCCUGCGAGUGGCGUGUGCGCGUGUGCUUGUGAACGCCGCCACGAACGCGUUUAAUACAGGUGAUGAGCACAACAACGCUGCCGUUAAACGCAUGGGCAGUGUGGAAUCAAUCCUCAGACAACUCCUUCUGGCACAG